UGGGGAAUGGUUUUAUUUGUGUGUGUAUAUCUAUUUGUGUGUCCCGGGGCCCCUUCUUUUUGGCCCUCCCUGCGACGCAGGCCGAGGCCCGCCCUCCCCCGCCGAGCCGGCCGACGCCGGGACGGCAGCGCGGCAGCGGGCUGCUCCAGGGUGCCCCCCGGCCGUGCUCGCCUCGGCGGCCCGCGCCGAGCCGUGCUCCGCGCCUGCCGGGAGCCCCACGGGCCCUCGGGCGGGCGCGGCGCCCGCGCGAGACGCCCCACCCAGGGGAGAAGCGGGGUCCUCCGCUGGCGUGGAGCGGCGCCCGCCGUCCCCGGGCGCCGUGGCGGCCACGACGGGCGGCACUCAGUGGCAGGAAGAUGCUGUGGAGGAGUCCCGUGUCGCCUCGGACUCCCCUGCGAGCGCCGAGCGGCGCUCGCCGCCACCUGGCGACCCGGCGGGCGCCGACUGCGGAGGCCAGUGGCAGGAAGAUGCUGUGGAGGAGUCCCGUGUCGCCUCGGACUCCCCUGCGAGCGCCGAGCGGCGCUCGCCGCCACCUGGCGACCCGGCGGGCGCCGACUGCGGAGGCCAGUGGCAGGAAGAUGCUGUGGAGGAGUCCCGUGUCGCCUCGGACUCCCCUGCGAGCGCCGAGCGGCGCUCGCCGCCUGCUGGCGACCCGGCGGGCGCCGACUGCGGAGGCCAGUGGCGGGACAGCGACCUGGAGGAGUUCCGAGCCGCUUUCGCGGAGCCGCAUUCGCUGCCCACUGGCGACCCGGCGAAUAGCACGGGGGGAACUGAGGGACACGAGGAUGGUCUGCAGGAGUCACGCGCCGCGUUCGGCUCCCCGCUCGCACGGCGGCGCUCACCGCCCCCUAGCUGGUCAGAGGACCCCAGGAGCGUGGCCCAGAGGCAGGAGGAGCCCCGCACCGCGCCCGGCCCGCCCGCCGGUGCGUCUCGUCACCCGCCGCCCCCGACCCACCCGGCGAGCACCUGGAACGCAGCCCGAGGAGGAGGAGGAGGAGGAGGCGGCCCAGAGCAGCCCCCUGCCGCCUCUGGCAGCCCCGCGGGUGGUGGCCCUGGCGCCUCGCACGGCGCCCCGAAGUCGCCCGUGUGCCCCCUGCUGCCGCUGGCGGCGGGUCUUCCGACGCCCUGCCGGCGACCGAGCGGCGGCGGCGGGGCCCUCGCCGGCGGCGCGCCGCAGGCAGCGCCGCGCCCAGCCGCGCACGCCGCAGAGUCGCGCCAGCACGGGGCCUGCAGCGCCUCCCCCUCGCCGCCGUGCAGAGCCGCGCGCGGUGCAUCCCAGGCCCGCGGCGGCCUGGCAGAAACGCAGGUCGACCCGGAGGGGGCCGACGAUGCAGCCUCCCAGCCGCCCGCUGCAGAGGCGCGGGGGCGCGGUGAGCUUGCCGCCUCGACGGCGAUCACGGCGGUGGGGCCCGCGGCGCCAGCAACGGACGAGCCCACUACGCAGCUCUCCUGCGAGGCUGGCGGCGACGAGCCUGCAGUCGUCCGCCACUCGCCGCCCAGCCGCUGGCAGCGCCCCUUGCCCGCCAGCAUGGGCGGCCCUGAGGCUUUGGACCCCGAUUGCGCCGCGGACCAUGUGGCCCAGGCGCCUCCUGCGCCGAAGCGCUGGCUGGCGGCCACCACUCCGCCGCCUGGCGACGAGCCUGCUGGCGGCAUCGGCGCGGAUGUGCUAAGUCUGCUGCCUUCGUCGCAGCCCGAGGCCCCCGGGCCACCGAGGGCGAAGCGCAGGAGACGCACUCAGGCCGCGAUCGACGACAUGACCCCGUUGCGAUCCCAAGACCCCUUACCGCAGGCACUGGCUUCGGCGGCCCCGCAGGCGGCUGCGGCUGUCUCUGCAGCCCCGGCGUCAGCGGCCGUGCCUGCGGCCUCGGCGGCGGCGGUGGCCUCGGCUACAGAACCGCCAGGGGCGGCGGUAGCCGCGGCACUCCCCGCAGCCCUGGCAACGGCGGUCUUGCCAGCGGCCCCGACAAGAAGGCCGCCAAAGGCGAAGGCCGAGGCGGCGUCGGCGGCAACCACGGCUGGGAGGAAGAGGGGGCGCCCUCCCGCGGGCGCCUGCGCGAAAGAGGAAGAGCGCGAGUCGCCGGGUGCCGCUUCGGGCGAGGCCUUGGUGCCCGCAGCCUGGGCGGGAACGAGGCAGGGUGCGCCCGAGGCGGCGGCGGCGGCCCCAGCUGGGAGGAAGCGGGGGCGCCCUGCCGCGGGCGCUCGCGCGAAGGAGGAACGCGAGCCGGCGGCUGCCGCUUCGGGGGGGGCCUCGUCGAAGCCCGCGGCCGCGGGGGGAGAGAGUCAGGGCGCGCCCGAGCCUGUGGCCGCUCCCGCCCCAGAGCGACGCCGUGCGGCGGAAGCCCCGGGGCGCGUCGCCCCACCGCGCCGAGUGGAGGCCGAGCAGGCGGCGGCGGCGGCGGCGGCGGAGGGGGUGAGCGACGCGUGGGCGCUGUGCCCCGUGCCGCUAGCAGACGCUGAGCUCGGCCAGGGCACGGCUGCUGCGCCGCACGCUGUGCACGGGGACGCCGGCGAGGCCGCGGCCAGCGCCGCCGCGGGCGAGGGCGGCGAGGCCGCCCGCCCCGCGGGCAGGGGCCAGAAGCGCCGGGGCGGCGGCUGCAGCACAGGGCGGCGGGGCGCGCCGCGGCGCAAGAGCGUGAAGGCGGAGGCGCCGGCGAGCCAGGAGGAGGCCCAGGCGCCGCCGGCCGACCCCUCCGAGUCAAACACUCCGGCGCUCGUGGAGGAGCCGGGCCGCCCCGCAGGCGUGGCGGAGGCCCGGGCCGGUGCUGGUGCCUUCGCGGCCGCUGGGCCACCCCCAAGGCCCCCCCUCCCGGGAGCGCCUUGCUUCUCGAGCACGGGCCUCGAGCUCAGCAAGAGGCAGAAGCGCACGAUCAGGGAGAUGGGCUGGGCGCUCGCCAGCGACUGGGUGCCGGGCAUCACGCACCUGGUGGCGGAUACUUUCCGGCGCACGACGAAGAUGAUGUGCGCCAUCUGCUGCGGGGCUCACAUCGUCACCCCGGGGUACCUCGACGCCUGUCGGGAGGCGGGGGGCCUCGUAGACGAGGCGGCCUUCAUCCUCCGCGACGAGGUCUGCGAGGCCGCGUUCGCGCGCAAGCGCGGCAUCGGCGGGGGCUACUCGCUGGCGGUAGCGCUGGAGCGGUCGCGCAGCGGGGGCAAGCUGCUGGCAGGCGUCUCGGUGUACUGCUUCCCCUCCGUUGCCGAGAAGCGCGAGCUGCCCAUGCUGGUGGAGGCGGCUGGCGGCACCUGGCUGUCCAGGUGGCCCGACAGCCCCGACGCGUCCUCGGUGCUGCUGCUGGCCGAGCGCACCGUGGGCAGCGAGAAGGAGCAGCAGCGGCGCAGGGCGCACGAGGUGUUCGACGUGGAGCUGCUCCGCGAGGCCACGUGCACUCAGCAGCUGCGCCGGGGCGCGUACCGGCUGCGGUGAGGCGGGGGGAGGACGCGCGGCGGGGCGGGCGGCCCGCGCUGCGAGCGCCCGCCUCGCCCCGCUGGUCUGCCAGCGCUGUCUCUCUGCCUCCUCCUCCUCCUCCUCCUCCUCCUCCUCCUCC